UAUUGUAAAUGGCGCAAGGCUAACAAAUUCAAAUCUAUGCUGACUCUAGAUGUGAAGGAACAAAAAAAUGCAGCCAUGGUCACGAGUGCACAGCAGGGCAGUCUUGAUCCUCAUCUUCAUGAGGUUCAACUAGGCAAACAUGUUCUCCCAUAUUCUGACAAGCUUUUUCGUGAAGCCACAAUCAAGUGGUUGACAUCUACUAACCAGCCAAUUCAAGCAGUUGAUCAUCUGAGCUUUAAGAAAAUGAUUGACACUGCUUCGUGGGCCACAAUGGGUGUCCUCAUACCAAAUCGAAAGGCAACAUGA